CCUUUGGAGCCCACAACGUUCAAAUUCGUUUGCUACGCUCACGAGAGCGAACGUGCAGUGCGGAAAAGUCCGACAACAAUCAGACAAAAAGCCCCCAAGAUCCAAACUAUAUACAAAACACAAAAACACAAAAACCCAAAUCACUCACGAAACUAACUUGAAACAAAAACCGAAAUUAAUAUCGCGUCAGUUGCUUGCGGUUGUGUUUCGUUUGCAUUUAAAUUAACGGAAAAAACUCCGAAAAAAAUUACAUAAAACAAAGCCAAUUAAAUUGAUAAAACUUGUGUCUUAGGAAAAAGUGAUUAAACUAUAGAAAACUAAACAGAUUCAAUUAAAUCGAGCCAAUUAAGUGUCCAGUCUGUGCAAAAAUGGUGAAGAACAUUAACAAUAACAACAUUCCCGCCGAGGACGAGCAGAUUCUGGCCAAUGGUCACGCCCAGAUCAACGGUAAUGGAGUGGUCCAUCAUCACGAGGAGGCAGUUGCUCCUGCUGCCGAUGGCUGGCGCCAAGUCCUGUGGAAUAGCUGGGAUGCCUUUGCGGACGUGGCCUGGUUCAUCAUCUGCUGCAUUGGAUACAUCCUGCAGGAUCUUUACUACAUCGCCUUCGGCUAUCCCGAAAAGGAGCUCAACACAGACAUUGCAUUGAUCACAGGUGGUGGCAAUGGACUGGGUCGCCUGCUGGCCGAGAGACUGGGAAAGAUGGGAACCAAGGUCAUUAUCUGGGAUAUAAACAAGAAGGGUAUUGCGGAAACCGUCGAAAUCGUCGAGGAAGCGGGCGGCUAUUGCAAGGGCUAUGUGGUGGAUAUAUCCAAAAAGGAAGAGGUCUACAAGGCGGCCGAUGUAAUCAGGGAAGAAGUCGGUGAUAUCACCAUGCUGAUCAACAAUGCGGGCGUUGUAUCGGGCUUGCACCUUUUGGACACACCUGACCAUCUUAUCGAGCGGUCGUUCAAUGUGAAUGUCAUGGCACACUUUUGGACGACAAAAGCGUUUCUGCCCAAAAUGAUUGAGAAUGAUCGAGGACACAUUGCCACGAUCGCCUCGCUGGCCGGCCAUGUGGGCAUUAGCAAAUUGGUCGAUUACUGUGCGAGUAAAUUCGCAGCGGUUGGCUUUGAUGAGGCUUUGAGGCUGGAGCUGGAAGUCCUUGGACAUACGAACAUCCGAACCACCUGCAUCUGCCCCUUCUUCAUUCAGGCCACUGGCAUGUUCGACGAUGUGAAUGCCAGAUGGGUCCCCACACUGAAUCCCAACGAUGUGGCCGAUCGUGUCAUUUCAGCCAUCAGGAAGAACGAGAAACUGGCCGUCAUUCCCGGCUUCCUCAAGAUCCUCCUCUCCUUCAAGUGGACCUUCCCCUGGGGCUGUGUGGGUGGCUUGCUGAAGCGCCUGGUGCCCGAUGCCUCGCCCCACGGCCUGCCUAGCUCCAUAGCCGCCCCCGUACCGCUCAGCUCGAACAACGCGAAGUCGGCCGCCCACAUCGCCGCUCUGGAUGCUGAGCUAAGUAGCGUUACCCUGCCGGCGAAGCCACCCUCGAUGCUCAUCCAAAGGACACCGUCGCUGGGGGAGCGUGUCCUUUAAGCGCCCAUAGCACACCACACAACACACCACACCACACACCGCACACCUCACACCGCACCACCCACUCCUGUUCUUAUUUCGACAUUAUAAUUUUUUU